CUGGCCUUCGAAAUGGGCUUGACUCCUGAGCCUUGAUUACUUCAAUUGUCCCCUCCGAAUAUCAACUUUUUAAUAAAGAAACUCCUGUUCGCGAUGACAUUUGGAGGUGGUUUGGUAGAUGAGGUGAACCAGGUGAUUUCAGAACUGGUUCCUGUGCGGGCUGACUGGCUUGCAAGUUUCAGUUCCUGUGCAGUACAAUAAAGCUACUGGCUUUGUCUGAGGAUAGCAAUGAAACCAGCUCAGGAGCGUAAUCAGGAGUGCCUGCCUCCUAAGAAAAGGGAUCUCCCAAUAAGUAACAGCAGCAGUGGAGCUGGAGGGACAGUGGGAGGUGGGGUUCCAGUCGGAGGGGCUAACAGCGGAGCUGGCAGUGCUGCUGGUGGUAUUGCAGAAGAGGAAGUGGUUUCCAUCCAGAAUUGUGGAGCCAGCAGUGAAACUCAGGGAGGGACCCCCUCUGGAGAGUGGCUGCGAGCUCAGCCAGGGCUUCAUUAUGGAGUGGAUAAUUCUGACAGCAUACCGGCAGUGCCCGUUGACCAGUACAGUAUGCUCUACAAAGUGGCCCUUCCAUCUGCUACCUACUCACCUACCAGUUUACACCCAGUGUUAAGCCACAUUUCUCCAGCCUUUACUGUACACUCUCCCCUCCUGCAGCAUCAUCCUGGCAUUCCCUAUCCCCCUCUUGGUUAUGCACAGAUCCCUCAUUCUUCUCUCCAGUUUGUCAGUUCCCCUUAUGCAGCAGUACCUUACGCGCUCCCCCCUGGUUUUGUCCCAGGAUCAUUAAUCUCUCCCUCAGGGACCAUCCCGCAGCCCCAUGCUGUGUCCCACCUUGUUCCCUACCCAUCUGUCAUACAAGAAGGUGUUGUUUCUCCACCUCCUCAGGCCCAGGUGGCUGCUCAUACCUUUGCCAAAGUUGCAGCUUCCAGUGGUGUCCCACUGAUGCUGCCCUCAGAGCAAGCUGCCCAGCAGCACCUUGGUACUGUUGGAGUCCUGCCUGCAACAGAGCUUAGCUCCCGAGGGAUGCCCAUCUUCUGCCACCCUCAGGGAGCAAGGGGUGCCACUGCUGUCAGAGACUGCCACAGUUCCCAGCAGGAGAAUGAAUUGGAGGUGAAUGGAGGGGACAAAGAGCAGGGAGCCAGAGAGGUUGUACCAGACUCUGUCUACACUGCCAGAAAUGCACGUCUACUACAGGUUGCAUCCAGCUCAGCAUCACAGGAGCACAGCCAAGACAAAGUCCUGCAGAACCGAAGACUGGAAGAGAGAAGUUCUCCUGGUCAGCGCAGCACUCCGGACAGUGACCUGGAGGUGCAGCAGGUGGUUGGGCGUUUGGUUUCCUCUAACCAAAGUGGUAUCGGAGCACGGAAAGAGGUCUCCUUUGCUCCCUUGAACCUCUCUCAGGGUGGCCACAGAGCCAGAGAUGUCCACGGAGAGAGUCCAGGUGUAAUUUCCAGCCGAACGGCGUAUGCGGCGCAGAACGCGAGUUACAGUGAUCACAGAGUCACCGCCCUCCAGCAGCACGCAGGACAGCCAGGCCACACUGUCAUGCUUGCCAAUGGGCAACCGGUACUUAUUCCCUUGGAGUGUCAUCCGCAUCAGCAACCACAGCAACACUACCCGGGACAGGCUAAUGAUGCCUCAGCCAGCCAUGCCUCUACCACACUGGCCUCCCCUAGCCCAAGCUUUAAAGCCUCUGAUUCUUCAGCCAGAGUGUGCCUCUCUGAAAGGGUGGAGCCAAUCACAGCUCAGCAGCAGCCUCUCCCGCAGCCUCCAGUCCAGCCUACAGCAGAUGCGACUCAGGCCUUAACUUCAAGCCUUGCUCCCGCACCGGCUUCUUGCAACCCAUCGCACUUCAUGAAGGGGGCAAUUAUUCAGCUGGCUACUGGGGAGCUGAAGCGUGUGGAGGACCUGCAGACUCAGGAUUUUGUGCGUAGCGCCGAAGUGAGCGGAGGGCUUAAAAUCGACUCAAGCUUGGUGAUGGACAUCCGUGCCAGCCAGCAGAGACCCGGCCUGGUUUCACUUCAUUUUACUGUGGGGGAGCAGCAGAGCAAAGUGACCAUCGACGUGCCCCCGGAGCACCCCUUCUUUGUCUUUGGCCAGGGAUGGUCAUCUUGCAGCCCCGAACGCACAGCCCAGCUCUACGGCUUGGCCUGCCAUCAUCUACAAGUUGGUGACAUGUGUGUGUCCAUCACCCUGCAGCAGCAGCAGCAGCCACCGCUUCCUCCACAACAACAGAAGCAACCACAGCACCAUCAUUCACAAACGCAACAACAACAGAACCUGUCCAGGACUAUAAGCAAAGCCAAUGCUAUAUCAGGACCUGGUCACCAGCUAAUGGGGCCUCCAGCCCCUCAGCAGUCACGGCCACCAUCUCAUUUCAGGUUGGACCGCAUUCACAGAGAAAGACAGAAGGAUGGAGAGAAAGAUUUGGCCGAUAAAGAGGAAGCCACACAGCUCGGGGCUGUAGGCCGCACUGAGUCGCCCAUCAGACCAAGUAGGACCUCAGGAGAGCAUCCAAGGAGCCAGAGCAGUUACCACUUGCACACAGAAGGCUCUGUUUUUGCAGAGGCAGGGAUGGGAGCAAUGCAGGCUGCAGUAGGUGCCUCACAGAGACGCUGGUCCUCGCCUGGCCUCCGAAGAUACAGUAUGAAGGGAGACGAAGGGCCACGCCCUCAGAUAAUCAGCUCCAGCCACACAAGGCCUUCUUUCAUCCCACAGGAGGUCAAACUGUCCAUUGAGGGGCGCUCUAAUGCAGGGAAGUAGCAUCACAUUUGGUAGCAACUACAGAUGAGACUGCCACAAGUAAGAAUGAGUCUGACAAGGAGAGAAAGAGGGAAAAAAAGAGUGUGAAUGUAUCCUCAGAAUGUUUGAGAUUUUGCACACCUAAAAUAUACAAAAAAAUGACCAGAUCCUUGUCUGUCUGGUGAGAAGUUUGAUUUUGUUCGAAUGCCACUCAGCCAAAAGAUGCCGACCUUUCGGUCUCCAGCCAGCUGAGUUCAUGGCGGCCGGGGGGGGGGGGGCAUGAAAAGUGGAGCAGAAAGUAUGUAGCUGAAGAAAUGCCUACCAUAGAGUCCUUAUACGCUGCAUUUCUCUUCCUCCCUCCCUCCUCCGUCUCCACUUCCUCUUAACCAUACUUGGAGGUUUCCAUUGCAUUCAAAUCACUCUAGCUUCCUUUUUGACCAGACCGUCUCUUCAGAAGAACACAGACUACAGGAAAAUAAUAUACGUGUAUCGCAGUGAAACUACCAACCCUGCAAGUCGUGAUCUAUUAGAAAGAUCACCGCCAGGGAUCUUUAAUCUGCUUCACUGCUAAGAUCCUAUUUCUAUGAAAAGCAGAUAGAGUAGAAUUGCUGACAUCAGCAGCUCCUUUGGUGAUGUUGGCACUGUUGAUGCUUUCAUCAGUGUAUGUUACAUUAUGCUUCUCCUGCAGGAGUCUGAAACCUCUGCUGUCAGCAGAGAUACUCUCUCCCCUCUCUCGUUUCUGCAAAGAUCUCGUCUCAGGCCAAGUGUGGCAUGUCCCACUUGUCUUACACUGAAAUAGUGAUAAAUCAAUCAGCUUGUUUGUUCAGCAAUCAAUUUCUCCUUCUCCAAAAGCCAUUCACCAUCAUACUCUCAGAUUUAGGUUGAUGGCCCCAACGUAGAUUUACAGAAAUAAUAAGCGAUGUCACGCAUUCCACUAUUAACUUUCCCCCAUGUAGGGAAUCAUUUUACUUCUCUCUUCACUUCCUCAUCACCCAAACUGGUCGAGACAGAUGGCCACGCCCCUCAGCUGGGUAUUGUCAGGCUUCUUCUCGCUACUGUCACCAAGUCCUUGCUCAUAGGAAUUUGUUGCAUGACCUUUUACAUUAGUUAAAUGAUUUAAUUUCCCUUCCAAAGUCAUGGCCUCCUCUCCUCACUUUACCUCAGAGCUUUCACAACCAGACUGGGGAAUUUAGUUUUCUCUUGUGAACUUUGUAAUUAAGGAGGAGGCACCGCCUGGUCAUCACUAAAGCCACCUGUGGGAAUGAGCCAGCAAGUUGUUUCUCUUUUUGCUUCGCUGGCUGCACUGCCACCUACAGCCCAGGAGUCCGGAGUUGGAGGGUGUAGUAGUUUUUUGUGUAUAUGAGUGGGGCCGUGAUGUUCUAAACUCGACUUGCUCAGUAACCAGAUUAAAGCAAUAGUUAUUUUUAUGCUAUGUGGCUUUACUGAUCCGUAUUGCCCUCUCCCAGGAACUUCUUGUGGGGUGUGGUAAAUCUCGAUAAAUGUGCAGUGUGAGAUCUCACCCUCUCAUCCCUUGACUCUUAAAGGCGAUGCACUCUUUUUAAUGCUCAUUUUCAUUAAUUUAGCAAUCCUGCACAAACAAAGCCUUUGGAAACUUUCUCAAGAAGUCAUUGUCCAAACAUGGAUUUUUCACUUCACUGAUAUUUUUUAAUUGUUUUUAAUGGAUUUACUGAAGUGCACAUCCGAGAGAUGCCCGGCUCUAAUGAAAUCACAAUCAUCAUCAACUUCUUUUUUUUACCUUUUAAAGUGUACGUUUUGCAUUGAUACUAGGCUGUCUUUAUUCCAGUGGUUCCUAAGAUUGUCUUGUGUUGCACAUAGCAGAUGUCACAUUUAUUUCAUACUGACCUUUAAAUAGGAAUCACAGUACAGUAGUUUAUUUUUUUAAUGAAGGGAAUAGGUUUAAAGUAUUGUUGUUGGGGUUUUGUGGCGAGAGGAAAAAAAACUGACUUGCGUUUCUAAAUCUGUUUACAAAUUAGCCGACAAAAAUGCUGCAGUUUCUUCCUUUUGUCUUUCUUACAGGAGAAAAAAAAAGAAUCAAAAAAGGGUGUAAUUAAAAAUAAGUGCAAUUAGACCAUACAUAAAAUCGUAAUCAGACGACAUUCCUCAUUCAGACAUUCCCAUCAAAAAGUACUUCUUUUGCCAUAGAUAUCUGGACUUACCUUUGGCAAGUUACUUAGGAAUAUUUCAUGUAUCUUUUAAAUUCGACGUGUUCAGACAGCAGCAUCAGUUGUGUGGUUGUUAUUGUCAUGUGUGCUGUUAUGGACUAGUUUGUUUGUGAGGUCCAGACACUGUUGUGUGUUUCCCUUAUAUCCUCGUGAUUCACUGAACUUCUAUCAGCAGAUAGAAGGGGUCAUGAGAUUGAGCCUGAGCAGUUUUAAAGGAUGGGUUCACAUUUUUCUUUCUCUCACGCACACAUAUUACUUAUUCCUCCUAUCCAUUCUUGCUUGUAUAAAGAUUCCCUCUCAAAGCUACAGCGGUCUUUCAAUGCAGUGUUGUGGAAUAGUAAUAUUGGGCUUCAGGAGUCAUAUGGCAAAGUCGCACAUUAAAAUAACUUUUAGACGUUUAAAAUGUAACAGUCGUGCCAUAUCUAUAAAAUAAUAAUUUAGUUUAUUGCGUGUGCAGUUUCUUUCCAAAAAGUAUUAACAAUUGUAGGGAUGUGGAAAACAAAAUCUGUAACUAUAACUGUUAGACAGUUAUUUGAUAUUUUCAAGUGUGUAUUAAUAAUAUGUCAGUAUUUCUUUUCUUUCUUUAAAAAAAAAAAUCAUGGUUAUCCUAACACCCGCAUAUCGUGCUUGUUGGAGAUACACAUUUUGAUUUGUGAAAGUCAGACUCCUGAAGACGUCAAGUUGUGGAGAAUGAUGAAAGAGUGAGACUGUGGGUGCACGCGGUAGAGAUGAGCGUCUUCUAAAGAGUGCUGGGGUUCAGCCUUUAGAGACAGGGUGAGGAGUUUGGUUUUUUAGAAAGGGCACAGAGUAGAGCUGCUACUCAUCGACGCUGAAAGGACGAAGUUCAGGUUGUUCGGACAUGUGGUCAAGGUGUCUCCUGCAUUCUUGGUAAGGUCCAGGUGUGUCCUACUCGGAAAACCCUUACUGUCCUUCCAGAAGAGCUGGCCAUGGAGAGCCAAGUCUGGAUGUCUCUGUUUCGCCUGCUGCCCUCACAUCCCACUUAAGUGUCAGUGUAGGCCUGAAAUGAACCUUUUUACAGCCGGUGUGGACAGGAGGAAAGAUUUCAACUAAUAACUGUCAAACUUGAUAUGGACAGGUUAGUCAAAUUAGCAAACAUGUGAACCCAGACUUUUUUUUAUUUUUAUAUCUGAUCAUCUGAUUGGAGUUUUUCAUCCUGUAAGCAAUAUACACAAUACCUGAAAACAUUUCACGUAGUCUUCUCUAUGCAGUAACCUCAGUAUUGUACCCUUCAUUGUCUUAACUCUGAAGCAGCGGGGCAGGUCGGCGGAUGCAGUCGUUCCACGCUGAUUUUUGCUUUAAAUUACUCUUCUAAUAGGAAUCUAAGCAGUGUUUUGCUUUACCACUUUGUAUUUUAUGCUCAGUGACUCUCAUCGAUGUUUAUCGUCCUGCGACGCCACACACUUUGCCAAAUAGCAAUGCAUUCGUCCUGCAUUACCAUGGCGUGAUUGCUGCUUCAGCAUUAUGUGUAAGGUCAGGAUUCAAUUGACGACAUUUAAAUGGUGCGAGCAGUGCCACCUGUGACUUUUUUCUUUUCCCCCUCUGCUUUUGGGAAGUAUCCACUCAAAUAAAGAUGUCUAAUGAUCCACAUCACUGAUCGUCUGUUGCUGUAAGUAAUUGCACUAAAUGUCCUCCUUUACAGUGUUUGAAAUCUGUUGGUAGUUUGAAGAGUUUCAAAAUGUAAAGCACACAAAAAAAUCACGGAGAAAUCACAGGUUGUACGUUUCUGUAGAUAGCUGUAUUUUUUGUAUAGAUAGCUUCGAUGAUGCUUGUCGUUAAUGCCUUAAAUUCUGCUUUGUACAAUAUGUGAAAUUGAAACGAUGCUCCAGGUAGGCUCAGCGUCCCAGUUUCAGGUUGAAUAAGAGUGAAUCAGAAAUGACAAACAUUCAUAUUUAGAUGUCUCAAAGGUUGACUGUGGGCUUUCUUUGGGACAUGAACUCUGCAACGUUUUGGUUUGGUUUCAUUUUUCUUUUUAAACACAUUUCUUAUUCCGUUUUUAAUAGAUUCUUUAGGCUCAUAUUUAACAUUCAGAUCCUUUAUUUUUUUUUUUCCAGUAUGUGGGAAUGGAAAGGAGGCUUUUCUCUGCACUUUUUUUGUACACAAGACAGCAAAAGGAGGGCAAUCUAUUAAUUCCUCACAUGCAUAGACAGAUGCACAGUUGUUUUUAUUGUUGUUGCACAGAAUUUGUAGGGUUUUUUUCUUUUUUUCUUUCCUCCUUAGAAAUUAAUGGGUGGUGUUUGGUGUUUUGUGCUCUGACAGUCUGAACAGCAGAGGCGGGUUUGGAUAAGUGAGAAAGGCUGCAUAAAGCCAAAACUUUUCUAUCGGUGGUAAUGUGACUAUUUUUUUUUUCUCUUCAAUGUUUUGUGGCGUUGCUCGAUGGGAUUUCUAUGUGAACUACUUCCUGUUGAUCCAGUAUUGCAAAGGUGAAUUUAGGACGGUUUUGGUGCCGCUGAUGUCGAAUUAAAUCAGGAGAAAUGAGAACGGUUAAAAGUUUUAAAAAGUCUGUGUAUUUUCAGAUAUGACUUUGUACUAUUUUUUUUUUUCCUUCUGCACACGGUGACACUGCUUUUUAUGUGACGCAUAACUAAAAACAAAACAAAAAACAGCAUCUUUUUAAAUGCCUAAAUCUGCAAAAUAUAUGCAAUUAUGUAAAUGUAACAUUCAAUCCUCAAGUAUAAUCCAGGUUGUAUGAACUUUGUAUAGUGAGUUUUAAUAUCGUAUGGCCGUACCAAUAUGUAUUGAUCUUAAUCAGAAGCCUUAGAGUUGUCGACCCAAAGUGCUCCCUUAGAAUAUCCUACACCUACCUGACUUUAACAAAGCAUUACUAUCUCUAUUUUGUUGCGUUUUUAUUUGUAUCCUUUUUGAAUAAAAUAGAUUUGUACUGUAUAUUUGUACCUCUCUGUGAACUACUUAGAGCGGUUUUUUUGUUUGUUUGUUUUGAUUUGUUUUGCUGUUUUAAUUCUAUGUACUUUAAGGACACAAAGAUAUUGUAUUUUUAUUGUUACAGCUAACUUGGAGACAUUGCAUUUAUCAUGUUUGUUAAGUAAACACAAUAUAAU